GACAGAGACGCCUUUUUCAAAACUGAGCCAACCGAGCGCGCAAAGGUUCCGGCGGCUGCUUUUUGUCCUACGACUAGGCUCGGGCCCUCGGACCUUGUGCCUUUGCAGUGGGCGGUAUCGAGUCGUGCCGUCAUACCGCGAUGCAGUAUGCAAUCACGUAUUCCACAAAGGAGUACUCGACGUCACCAGUCGCCUUUCAGCUCGCCGGCAAUGGACGUAGACGUCACUGCACAGCCGGCGCAGGCAGCCGUCCUCGGAAGGCGCACGGGACUACCCAUCAAAGAACUUGUCAACGGCCGUGCCUUGCGCAAGGACAGCGAUGGUCGGGGGCGCCUCUCGGACUACUUUCCCGAUGAAGGUACCUCUGCACUGUGCCGGGAGAAUGUCCGCAACAUCUCCGCCAUUUCUUCUCCUGUUCGGACCACCGUUCAACGAUAUCUUAGUUCCCUCAUCCAUGUUUCACCCACGGAAGUGACGGAGGCUUCGGUUUUUUGCGGCAUCCCCAAGCCCAGCGUGAACCCAACCGAAGCCACGUCGACCAGAAAGGCUCCUACCCGAAAGCCGUCGACCGGAAGCUUCUUCCUGCGUGGCACAGCGUGGUCCACAACCGCCGCAGCCCCGGGGACGAACAAAGUCCCCAGCGCCAGUUCUACAUCCCUGAGUUCCCUCGUGAGGCGCUGUGAGAAGAUACCACGCGUACCCAAAGCUGCCGCGUCGUCUGCAAAGGACGCACGGCACGAGUCAUUCGAGGAUCCUGGAGCAGAGGCUGAAAUGGGCGAAGAUAAAGAGAAUCGGACAACCACAGUUUUCGAGACCACCAGAGAGCAGCUGCCCGCACAACGGCCGCGAUGCCACCCCAUAUUCUUCUCAAAGAGAAGGGAAGAGCUCGAAGUUGUGACGGCACCUACCUGCCGAGCAUCCACAUUGACCGGCGAGACAACCCGAAAAGAACUGCCGACGCGAGGACCGCGAUGCAACCCCGUAUGUUUCACGACGCAAGGGGAAGGGCUCAAAGCUUCACCGCCGCCUUCUCCUCUGGCAUCCACAAGGAAGCAGAGUAUUUCCUUCGAACAAGCCAGGAGGAAGCCAGAUGGCCAGCCAGUUGAAGCUUUGUCCUCGUCGUCGCCUCAAGCACUGCCAGUAGUCGGCGUGCACAAAGAACUUCGGGCGAAGCGGAAGAUUAUGACGACUCUCGAGACGUCCGUACCGGGACCUUUGCCAGGGGCAGCGCCUUGCUCUCUGGGAGAUCUCGGCACACGUACAGAAGGAGACACCGGAGACGGGAAGCAAAAGCGGACAGCGACGUCUUUGGCAGAAGCGAGACUGGGUUAUCACAGCCAGGAGGCAACCGCGCCCCAGCAGCCCGGCAUUCGGCCGUAUCGUUUCUUCAAAAGCCGGCAGAGUCGGGCUCCUUUCCUCUCGUGGGACCCGAGGAACACCCCACGAACACAAGCGCCGCUUUUGGUACAGCCAGAAGCACCGGACGAGGAGACAUUCAAACAAAAGUCGGCGGCCGCUGCCGUCGUUCAUCUGGCGAAGCCGCCGAGGAGCGUUGUUUCGGCUACUUCUGGCUCCGCUGCGUCUUCCGCUACAAGCAGUGUGUCGGUGCAACCGGAGGGGGCAGUCGCACCCCAGGAGGAUGCGUCGGUUCUCGGCGAUUCUUCGUUUUCGGACCUGUCGGGAUCGGGUGUCGAUUCCUGGAAAAAGCUAACUUCGAGCUGCGAAGCGGACAAUCCGCAGACCAAGGGGAGCCUCAACCUGUCGCCCGAGAAGAUCUCGCACGAGCGACGAGUGUUCGUGAAGCAGCGUCGGGAUGUGGAACUGGUGGAUGCGGAGCAGCGUCCGGUGGGGGAGGCUGCCCCUAUGGGCUUGGGAUUGUUGGCAAGCACGGACCACGUGACCAUGGGCAUCCUCCGGCUGCAGCCCGGUGUGGCCAAGAGCUACUCUGAGACCCGGGACCAUGACGUGAUACUCCUCGCAACGGACAACACUGUGGUAGUCGAGAGAACGGACACUUGGGAGCUGCUCACGAAGAACAGCAGCUUCUACGUCUGCCAAGGGGUGCCUUACUCUGUCCGGAACAUCUCGUCGGCACCGGCUGAAGUCUGCUUCCUUCUGGUUGCCCCCUGCUGAUUCUCCGCCAUCAACCGUCAACUCAUUUUGUACACUUAUUCAUAUCACAACUUGGCCAAUUUUAUUUAUUGACAAUGUUGACGUCUUGACUAGACGGUCACAGUUUUAAUGCAUUUUUUUGUGCACUUUUAGACAAAAAUUUUGUGCUUACAUGAACAGAGGGGCAGUCUCUGUCCAGACAGCCUCAUUUGAAUGAUUUAAAAUAUAUGUGCGAAUUUUCCACAAACAUUCAUGUCCUCUUAAACAUUCAUGUUUUCAUUGACCUGCCAAGAUUUUGUGAAAAAUGUCCAACAUUUUACAAAUGUGCAUGCGUGCUUGUGAACAAGAAGUUUUCUGAAUACAUUGCAAUCCACUUAUAAUUAUAUUGAAAAAAAAAAGAACGGGAAAUUCAGUCGUUAUGACCGAUUAUCGUUGUACCUAAACGAGAAACUCUAGAAACUGAUCGCUAUGAACAGUACAUUGUUAUGCGUGAUAUACUAGUUGUAAGUGGAUUGCACUGUGUAUAUAUUUCGAAUGUCAACUUGAUUUAGUUUUUACUAAUUUAUAAGUAGCGACUAUUUCUAUGUCCACCGUCAAAAUAUUUCUACAAUUAUUUGACGUCUGCGACGUCACUUCCAUAGAAUGUCAAAAUAGUGACUUUAUUAGUUUGACAUCCCCAGUCAAUGCAGCCGUCGCAGUAAUAGGUGUCUCAUAGUUUCGUCUCAUUUUGUCUCGGAUGGUUUUGUUAGUUUCGGUCCUAGUUGGCAGUGGAAAUGUUCUAGUCAAUGUGUGUGUGGGACUGGCUCGACAGUUGAUCCUUAAAGGUGCACUGACACCCCAAAGGUUUUUUUUUUUUUGUUUUUUUUUUUUCAUUGUCUAAAACGAUGCAAAUUAUGGUCAUAGACACGCAAAACAAAAGCGCGCUCUUCUUUAUUUUUGCCGUUUUUCUAUUUUGCACCUCACCUCCUCGCUUCUUUUGAUCUUUGAUGUCAAAAAUCAUGAAAUUUAGAAGCUUUGUAGGCAACAUUUCCAUAACAUUUAAUGACGGUAAUCGUAAAACAUGUUUUUUAACACAGUUGCAAAUGCACUACGGCCCUUCUUUUUGAAAUACCAAAAAUCAAGGUCCGUUGUGAUGUCGCCUCCUCGAUUUUUAUCCUCCCUCAAGUAACGUGGCGGCACUCGACACCUGUAGCCAAGGAGGUUAGAAGUACCAGGAGAGGGCACGUUGCAAUAUUGGUGAAGCCUAGUCAUAAAAAGUUUAAACGUAGUUGUGGCCAACGUGACCGCAGAUCUCUCUGGGAAUUGGUGCACGUGACAUGUCACGUGUGAGAUGGAUGGUUGAUUGUAGAAGGAUUCCUUGCAGGCUUGCGCGCGCUCCGUCCGGUAGGUUUUAUCAGGUCGAAGGCUAGACUGGUGUAUUAUAGUACUCCAUAGCUAGACGAAGGCUAGCUACGGUCACGUGAUGUUGUCGUGUUGGUCUAAUAAAUGAGGAUAGUAAGAAGGAAAAUGAGAAAGAGGCAAGGCGUCAAGGGAGCACGGCUUGUGGAGGCUACGCGGAGUCGGGGAAUCGGACGAAGUAGUCUUUUUUUUAGGUGCCCGACGACCUCUCAGACUUCGAAAAGGAAAUUGUCAAACGGUAAAAACAACUGGGUUGGGUGUCUGUGUAUCGUAGUUUCGGUUGUGACUCCACCAAAGCAGCGCCGUCUGCUUGAAGCGAUGGGCAGCACGGCACGCACGCAGAAAACCGGUUUCCCGGUACGCCGGCACCCUCCUCUCCCGCUCCUCACCUCCUCGUUUCGGCUCGCAACGACACGUUUCGGACUGGAGGCGCGAAAGAAACUUUUUGUUCCUCCAUAUCGGCACAUCAAAAGAUCCCCAGAUGGUCGAAAUUAAUCCUCAGUUCGCUGGGGCGUGCCAGAUGCCCGUUGUUGGUUUGGCACAUAAAACCUCGAACUUUGACUUUGUUCCUCCAUAUUGUGUGGGCAAGUCUUUGUAUAGUUGCAGUCUCGCUUUACAUCUGGCUCCUGCCCUGUUUUCGAGCAGAUUUUCGAGUUUGUUGUUUAGUUAAGGGCCGUUCACACUCUUGCGACCGACUACGACUGAGAGAGACGAGAUCUUUUAAAACUUCUUUUAUGUUUUUAGAAUGCGGGAACACACUGGCAUUGUGGCGCCAUCUAUGCGGUGACCCUGGAACUGCAUUUCACAAGAGCGAAGGUUAUGCGGGGUUUGCGAGGUCAAAUGUGCGUAAUACCCAUAGAAGGGCUCGUUUAUAACAUUGAGAAAAGUUUUUCAAGCCAAGAAAGAAAGGAUAAUGCCCGAGAAAUAAAAAAAUAUGCCGGACCGCCGAGUUUACACUGCUUCCCAAUAGAUGGCGCCAGUGUGUUCUCUGGUUUAAGAAGUUUUAAGGAACCCAGGUUUAAGAGGUCGCAAGAGUGUGAACGGGCCUUAAGGUUUUCUUUUUGGUUCGUGCAUAACAAGUGGGUCAACUACGAAAAAAUCCGGAUGUUAAAUAAAAAGUUCUGAAUGC